GGAGUGGCGCGGAGCGGAGCAGGGGGGAGCGGAGCGCUGCCCCGGCUGUUGACCGCCGUCACCCCGGGCCGACCCGAGCAUCCCGCUCCGGUGAGUACCCUGUUCUGCCGGGUGCCGAGCGUGCCCCGGGCUAUCGGUGCUCCCCGGGGUUUCGGUGCUUGUCGGGUUUCCUCGGCUUGCAGCCCGCCGCCUGCACCGCUGCGAGCAUCGCCCAGCCGAAGGAGACACCGGACGGACAGAGCUCUCUCAGGGGCGAUGCUGCCGAGUCCUGCCCCCGGCAGAAGGAAGUCUGUGCCGCCGGGGCCGCCCUCCCGGGCGAACGGAGGAAAAGCCCCCGGCACCGGAGAUGCGCGGCCCGGGAGAGCGUGAAGAGCAGCUCCGCCUGCGCUGUUAUUAAAGGGAAAAGCAUGCUAGAGCCGGCUGCUCCGACGGCCGGAGCGCAGCCCCUCUGAGCAGGAGGUGAGAUUAUCCCGUGGUGGUCAUGGAGAGCUAUAACCUGGCAGAGAAGCGCUGAAACCAUUCGUCCCUGCUGGAAGAGGAACCACUCCUGGCAUCACCGCCUUCGUGCAGAGGGGAGCUCACUCAGGUCCUUCCUCCUCCUCUCUCCCUCCUUUCACCCCCUUCAGAGAACGACGGAGGAAAGAAAGAAACAACUGCGACUUGGCUCUUGCUGGUGCUGGGAAUACUGUGCCUUUUGCUUGGGAUGAUUCCCUCUGACAGGAUGUACAAAGCUCGACCGGAACCGAGCCGGCCAACGAAGUUUGCAGAGAGAUCUAUGGAGUCUAUGGGAUGGAGGUAGCCGGGCACACACUGACGGGGUCAGUCACACAUUGCCCACCAACGCUGCCCCACUGCUUGCUGCAGGACUAAUUCCUGGGGACUAAACUUCGGUGGCUCCUGUUUUGCUGAUUGAUGCUUUCAGGGAACAACACAUGCCUGCAACUGAUACAACGUUGGGUCUGUUUGUAAGAUUUGCUAUGCAAUUCCAAACCUAAAUGAGGAGAAGAGGCGGCCCUGCAUCCCAGAGCAAACAGAAACGAAGGUGAAAGGUAGGAGCCAGAAUUUCUCAUUUCGAUAAAAACUAAAUAACCUGAGCUACUUCGUACUGAAAACCUUUAAAACACGCCUGCUGUAUGCUUAUUUCCUUUGUCUCUGGAAGUGUAAAACUUGAAACGAAGUGAAGAAUUGCUCACUGAUGCUGCCCAGAAGCAGAGAACUGGUGGAUUUUGUAACAGGAGCAUGCUGAGGAGGAAGGAUGGGGUGUUUAAUCAGCGAGACAUUUAGGGAACCAAAGCAAAGGAAAAGCACCUCGUACGGUACGCAUCAGUAAAUAUGAAGGGCUAGUGCAAUGGACGCUGGAAACACUCGAUCAAUAGCCUAUUUAAGUGGGAAUAUAUGCAAGCAUGGAAAAGUGAUUGCUUUCCUGUCUGUGGGGUAUAUUUGCAGAGGACAGAAGCAGAACAUUUGCAGGUGAGCUGUCUGAAUCAGGCUGCUUCAUGCUGGGGUGGUGCAGUGUGUUCCUGAAGGGACUGCUUAAAAACCCCUCAGUGGAGUUGACUGUAUUUGCACAUUUUCAGUUCCUGCUCAUAGAGCUUUCAGUGUCGUUCAGGGAGAUUCAGAGUAGGUGAAGUCCAUUGGGGCUUGAGGGGACUGUAACCAGGAGCCUUUGGUCUGUUCAGAGAUGACUAAUUAACGGACAUCUCAUGCCUGCUAUCUGUAAGGAAAGGAGCUGAUGUUGUCAUGAAAAUCAUGAUGUGAUUUUCCCUCAGGAGAAAUUAUGACUUGGAACGACACCACUAUGGAUGGGGAAGGGUUGCUUGCGGAAAGGGACUCUUCCUUUCGGAUCCUCACGGGCUGCUUCCUCUCGCUGCUGAUCCUCUCCACGCUGCUGGGAAACACGCUGGUCUGCGCAGCUGUCAUUAGGUUUCGCCACCUCAGGUCCAAAGUGACCAACUUCUUUGUCAUCUCCUUGGCCGUGUCAGACCUCUUGGUGGCGGUUUUGGUCAUGCCUUGGAAAGCAGUGUCUGAGAUCGCUGGUUUCUGGCCUUUUGGUUCAUUUUGCAACAUCUGGGUGGCCUUUGAUAUUAUGUGCUCAACAGCCUCCAUCUUAAAUCUCUGUGUCAUUAGUGUGGACAGAUACUGGGCCAUCUCCAGCCCAUUCAGGUACGAGAGGAAAAUGACCCCCAAGGCAGCCUUCAUCAUGAUCAGUGUGGCGUGGACUUUGUCUGUGUUGAUUUCCUUCAUCCCCGUGCAGCUGAACUGGCACAAGGCUAAAACCACGAGCCUUUUGGACUUGAAUGCCAGUUUACAAGGUAUAAGCACAGACAACUGUGAUUCUAGCCUAAACAGGAUGUAUGCCAUCUCCUCUUCUGUAAUUAGCUUCUAUAUACCUGUGGCCAUCAUGAUAGUAACCUACACAAGGAUAUACCGGAUUGCUCAGAAGCAAAUACGACGAAUUUCAGCUUUGGAGAGAGCAGCAGUGCAUGCCAAGAACUGCCAGAACACAAGUGGCAACAGAAGCAGCAUGGACUGUCAGCAACCUGAGAGCAACUUCAAAAUGUCCUUCAAGAGGGAAACAAAGGUUCUAAAGACUUUGUCAGUGAUCAUGGGGGUGUUUGUGUGCUGCUGGUUGCCAUUUUUUGUGUUGAACUGCAUGAUUCCCUUCUGCGAGCCCACCCAACCGUCCAAGGGAGCAGAAGCUUUCUGCAUUAACUCUACCAUCUUUGAUGUUUUUAUUUGGUUUGGAUGGGCUAAUUCUUCCCUAAACCCCAUCAUCUAUGCCUUCAAUGCUGAUUUCCGCAAGGCGUUUUCCACCCUGCUAGGAUGCUACAGGCUCUGCCCAAUGUCCGGCAAUGCUAUAGAGACUGUUAGCAUUAACAACAAUGGAGCGGUUGUGUUUUCAAGCCAACAUGAGCCCAAAGGGUCCAGCCCCAAAGAGUCAAAUCUGGUUUAUCUGAUCCCACACGCAAUCAUCUGUCCGGAAGAAGAACCUCUAAAAAAGGAAGAAGAGGGUGAACUAUCUAAGACCUUGGAGAAAAUGUCUCCAGCAUUGUCGGGUAUUUUGGAUUAUGAAGCUGAUGUUUCUUUGGAAAAGAUAAAUCCCAUUACACAAAAUGGGCAGCAUAAAACCUGAACAGUGAGGUGUACCCAGCAAAACAUAAUAGUGUACAAUGUGAUCAUCUUUAAAAAACAAAAGAUACAAUCUUUUUGUAUGAAACUAAGCCCUAGGGAGAAGUACACAUUUACAUCAAUCCCUGAAUGAAUUUUCCUGGCAUUACAUUUAAUAUUUAAAACACUAAACAGCAAAAAGUUACUGAAAAUUGGUUAAAAAAAAAUGGAUGUUGAACUGUGCUGUUCAUACUGAGGAAUAUACACAAGUUUGGAUACAGUGCAGUGAGAAAAUAGUGCUUCUCCUCUGCACCUAGAGAGGCCGAUUUCUUGCUCCAAGUGAGGCAAAAGAUAAAUGUUAAGUAUUUAAAGAUUCAUGUUUACUAGAAUAUAAAGGAUUGCUGUGUUUUGUGAUAGUGGGUGUUAACAGAUCCUAGUUAAAGGCUGAGGGAUUGUAAAGGGAGGUAGAGGCCUUCUUAAAAUUAUUUCUGAACAAAUAAUUGAGCCUUAUGAGAAUGGUUAUUUUUAAAGCUUUGGGAGUUAACAUGUUGAUACUGGUUUUAUUUAUUUAUUGUUUUAAAUUGAUAUUUUUCAUAUGUUAUUACAGAUCUAGCUUUAUUUAUGUUAUUUAAGAUGUCUAAAUAAUGGGAUAUUUUUGGAGUGUCAUUACUGCAUUGUGGCCAGGCAACCAGUCAGCACUUUAUGGAAGCCCCGAUGGCCCGGAGAGCUGAGUGGGAUGGAGGAAGGCUGAGAAGCUCAGCAUAAUGAAGGAAUCAACAGAACUGAUGUGGAGUGGAGCUUGUUUCCUUGUGGGCUUUGGUUUUUAAGUGGGAUUUCUUUCAAAAGAUAGGAUCAGCGUUGACUGAGUUGUGAAUUCUCUUCCCUUAUACAAAGAACAAGGAAUUGCUGCUAUUUAUUUUUUAAGAAGUUUCACGUUACAAAGACUUUGCUAGAAUGUCAAGUUUGUGGAUCUGUACAGACCUUCAGUACGACUACAACCUUCAGGAGAAUCCAAUUUGAGAAGAGAAGCUACUUAGGUAACAAUUCGUAGUAGGUAAUGUUUUGUAUUUAUGUAAGAUAAACAGCUUUCUCAGACUUUUCUUAUUCCAAGUCUUGGAUAUCUUUUCCGAACAAACACAAUUGGUUUUAUGGUAGUAAACAUGCCAAACCUUGUUAUCAUCUGUAUUAUUUCUUGCAGUACCACCGGGAUCAUGCUGUCUGUCUGCUAUCAGUCUGAGUUCAAGUGGGUACGCAGUGCUUUACUUUGGAGGCCAGGAGGAUGUUACACUUUAGGAGUUCCCACCUCAGUAGUCCCUUCAGUAAGGAAUAGUGCCUCAUCACCAAUCUGAAUUAAGACUUCUCUAACUAUGGAUGGAACUGCAGCCCCCGCCUCAAAAGCUCCCCAUGAGCUCCAAAACAAAGUUGCCAGUGUUUAAUUCAAAAAAACUGCAACUUUUCCAUGGUCCUUCCCUGCUGCUUUCCCUCUGUGAUGCCCAAAGCGAGCAGCGAAUGUUAGCAACAGGAACACCGGGAGUUAACACUCAGCAGCACUCUCAAGUGAGAGACCUGCUUUCUGAAUGGGCACAGAUACCCUCUGGAGAAACUUUUCCUAAUAUAUUACAAAGAAAAAAACAAACAACAACGUCAGGAAAAGAGAACUGAGAGGAAAAAUCUCAGUCUAAUGAACUAUAUACAUCCUGCAUCAGGUCUGUGUAUUUAUGUAUCGUGAAUGUUUUCAUAACUUUAUUGCCUGUAAGCUGCUUUCAUACAUAUAAUAAAAUUAUUUUGUGAAGAGAGGGUCAAAUAAAGCAAUCGACAUGGCAUUUGUUAAAUACA